AUGGCCACUAUUGCCGUACCGAGACCUAUCCCUCCUCACCGUCCUUCCUCAACAAUCGACGUUGACGCUGACACAAUCACCCCGCCACCAUCUCUUGAAUCAACUGUGCCGAGUGCCUCGCCACAACAUGCCGCUCUACCCAACAAGCAUAUCCCCGCAUGCCCUACAGGCCCUGCCAAGUAUACCGACCUAGAUACACCUCCGCCCUCUCCAGGAAGCGCACAUGAUUUCUGCCAAACAUCCCUUUUGUAUCCCCCGGACAACUACACCAAGACCGUGGCUGGGCCUCUAGCGAUAUACGAGAUCGUUGCAUCGCAAGUUGCUGAAGCCCUAGAUUACGCUGCUGGUCAGUCUCUUCCUGCACCAUCUGGCGUCUUCCCAUGGCUACACGGUUUGCAUCCUCUCAACCACAUGCAACAAACAUUCUUUACAGGUCGUCGGGGAUCAAUUCUCAAGCCCCCCUCCAGUCUCAGAGCAAUCACCCUUGUGAAGGCUGAUGGCGAUCUUACCAAAAGUCGUCUCAAAGGCGCCAUCAGUCCUCGCGAAAUUAUCGAAUAUCGGUCUCCGGCUGAGUUCAUAAAUGCCGACCCUGAGAAUGGCUUCUCGGUGCGUAAUUUUCAGAUUCAGGUCGCAAAAAUGGCCCUUGUGUCUGAUAUUAUCGUUUACGGCGAAGACAUUCCCGAAACCAGGCGAAUGGCCUGGAACAUUGCUGCGGCGCAGAAGAGAUGGAAAGAGCAGAACGAUAUCCACGCUGAUGGCAUCCAAGACUAUAAUUGCUUUGUUUGUAUCUGCCCCUUUCCUGACUUUGAGCAGCAUCAUGGCAAUCUCGUUGCACUUGAUGCCGCGGGUUGUCUAACCGGCCAAGUCCUGGACUUGGUUCACCAGGAGCGCAGAGAGAUGUGGGAUAUGACCAUCGCAUCUGAGAUAUCUCACAAUGUUUACAUGGGACCGACCCCGGAGCCGGGUAGUUUGGAGGAGCAGCGGUUUGACAUCCUGAUUGAAUGCAGUGACCUCGGUAAAAUGAACCCUGAGUCUCUGAAGCGGGUGGCUCUAUGCUCCACGGACAAAGUGCCCGUGGUAUUUCACGAGUUUCCGUCUUCUGGGAGUAUUCUCCCUCCCACAUAUUCCCAGACAGAAGCUGAUGGCAUUCUGAGCACUUGCAAAUGGCUGUAUCAUAUUUCUCAUGGCACGCUUCCUGACACCGAGGUCAUGGGAAGGCAAGAUGGAUACGAAGCAUCAAAUUCUGAUCAAGAAAACGAGAGCAACCAAUUGCGGCCUCGCAAAAUCCUGAUCCACUGCGCUGAUGGCUAUACCGAAUCCAGCAUGCUUGGGAUAGCAUAUUACAGCUAUAGCUCUGGGCUUCCAGUCCCAGAUGCAUGGUUGAACCUACACAAGACGAAACGCCGCAACUUUUUUGCCUAUCCUACUGACGUUGCUCUCCUGAGGGCCAUUUCCCCUCGCCUCCUCUGCGAAUCACCACAAUGCAAAGAUAAAGAUACCAGCGAGCUUAUGGACCUGGUGAAGAGUGAGCCCACUUGGUUCUGUAGCCUGGACGGCUCACUGCCUAGCCGUAUCCUCGAUUAUCUAUAUCUCGGAAAUCUCGGCCACGCCAACAAUCCAUCUCUCUUAAAAGACAUGGGAAUUGGUCAAGUUCUUUCCGUCGGCGAGACUGCUACUUGGCGCGAAGGAGACUUAGAGGAAUGGGGGGAGGAGAACAUUUGCGUUGUCCAAGGAGUGCAGGACAACGGCAUUGACACAUUGACAGAUGAGUUUCAGAGAUGCCUUGACUUUAUCGGUAAGCGUCGAGGGGCGACUUGGAUAUAA